AUGUAUGCAGAAAGUGGGUUAGCGUUCCACCGAUUCAUGCAGGGUUGUCCUCCAGAAACUCAGCAAUUCGAUGACCUUUUCAAAUCAUACAAACUCUCCGAUGAAAUGAACAAUCUUGUUCAGUCAUGUGAGUAUGGUUUUGGAGAAGAGAGUGACCUAUUCAAAGCCCCUGAGCCGAUGAUGAUCGAAGAGCCAAUGCUGCUAGCAGUUGAUCCUCUCUCUCAAGAGAUUGCUGAACUAAGCGAUCUCGGGUCAUUGCAGAGUGACCAACAGCUUAUAGACAAGGCUUUCUACGACUGUGAGCAGGACCUCCUCGUGAAAUCAGCCAUGGAGUCUCCGCUUUCCGAGGUACUAGACGUCAAGAACAUCUCACUAGUGGCGAAAAUGGAGGACGUUGUCAAGAGUAGUGUAGUCGUAUCUGACGUCCCGGUUCCAAAGAGCGUGAGCUCUGGGAAUCUGAGCUCAAUGGACAUGGCACAGCAGCACGAGGAUGGAAUGAGAAGAGCCUUCAGCGAAAGCGAUAUACAGACACUUGGGACUAGAAACGCGGUUCUUGUUCAGUCUCAGUUGGAUCGAAUCAUUGUAAGUUGCACAUCUGAGGACCGCCGUGAGAAGCUUUCUCGAUACAGGAACAAGAAGAGCAGGAGGAACUUCAGGCAUAAAGUCAAGUAUGCUUGCAGGAAGGCUCUUGCGGACAGUCAACCGAGGAUCCGAGGAAGGUUUGCGAAAACAGAGGAGAUGCUGCAGAAAUGA